GCCUUUAAAAUCUCUCUCAUUGGAUUUGGAUUUUGGAGGGGUCUCUCUAUCUCUCUCUCUCUCUCUAUAAUUUCAUCAUCGUCGUCUUCUCCACUACGCUGCAUCCGCUCCCUGCAAAAAGCGCUCGCCAUAUCCAUCCGCUUGCCAUCACACUCCUUCCGUACGGAAAAGGACCCAUUUGCCCUUCCUCACCCAUUUCGUUUUCAAAAUCUUUUCUUUUUUAUUUUACCCUUUUUAAUUAUCGAGAUUUUUGAGCUUCACUCAGUCAGCCUUAAAGCUUCAAAGGGUGGAAGGUUGAGAGGGGGUGAUCUUGGUAAAAAGAGAAGAAUCAGAUCUAGAAGGAGAUAGAAAUAUGUCUUUCAUUGGCACCCAGCAGAAAUGCAAGGCUUGUGAAAAGACAGUUUACCCAGUGGAGGAGCUAUCUGCUGAUGGGAUUUCCUACCACAAGUCUUGCUUCAAAUGCACCCACUGCAAAGGGACUUUGAAGCUGAGCAAUUAUUCCUCAAUGGAAGGUGUUCUAUACUGUAAGCCUCACUUUGAGCAACUUUUCAAGGAGACUGGCAAUUUCAACAAGAACUUUCAGUCACCUGCAAAGUCAGCUGAGAAGUUAACUCCAGAGCUGACUAGGUCUCCUAGCAAAGCUGCUAGCAUGUUUUCUGGAACACAAGACAAAUGUGCUACUUGUGGUAAAACCGCUUAUCCACUGGAGAAGGUGACUGUGGAGAGCCAGGCCUAUCACAAGUCGUGUUUCAAGUGUUCUCACGGCGGCUGUCCUAUUACUCCCUCAAACUACGCGGCUUUGGAGGGCAUUCUAUACUGCAAGCACCAUUUCUCCCAGCUUUUCAAGGAGAAGGGGAGCUACAACCAUCUUAUUAAGUCUGCAUCAAUUAAGCGCACAGCAGCGGCGGCGGCGGCAGCAACAGCAGCAGUAGCCUCCAUUCCAGAAGCAUAAAUUCCAUAUUUAAAUGUUCGAUCACAUGGCUUUCGUUUGUUUAAGAGUGUUGUAUUCCUCUUCAGCCUCAUGCUUUUCCAUGGCGGAGUGAGAAAACUUGGUACUUCUCUAUUUUAUUUGGCUCAUCAAUCUUGGGCACAUUGUUGUGUUUUGCUUCCCGUAUGUGAUUCUGGGUCCGGCAGUUGUAAAAAGACCUUCAGGGCUUUGUUUGCAGUAAGUUCAUGUUGUCACCAUUUUUCUCGGCAUUUGGCAAAUAUAUGAAAAGAGUCUGUCAUCUUCGUUUCA